UGUGCGUCCUGGGGGCGGGACCGGCGCUCCGCGCAGCUGGGCUCCUGCGGACUCGGCGCCCGCGGCGCGGGCCGGACGGUCCGCUCCUCUAGGCGGGGCCCGCCGGCGGCUUCGGGCUCUCCGGGUCCCCGGGCAGCGGCGCCGAGCCUGCCGCCCUCGCCAGGCUGCGGGGGACCGUCCCCUUUCCCACGUCCUGCCGAGCGACCCUGGUGUUUGUGUCCAGAUGCCAGCCCAGCUGUCACAGAGGAUGCCUCUGGGAGCCUGAGGGGUCAGCUCUGGAGCCCCGAGCUAAGGCUGACCAGCCCUGAGCCUUGGGCCAGGGGAAUGGCCUCUCCCCAGGAGCUCCAUGGCCAUGCUCCUGGGGAGGAGGAUGAAGGACUUCUGAUUGUGAAGGUGGAGGACUGCUCAUGGGAACAGGAGCCUGCCCAGCAGGUGGACAGCAGGGACUCAGAAGCCUGCCGCCAGCGCUUCCGUCAGUUCUGCUACAGCGAUGUGGGCGGACCACAGGAAGCCUUCAGCCAGCUCUGGGAGCUGUGCCGCCGCUGGCUGCGGCCCGAGCUGCACAGCAAGGAGCAGAUCCUGGAACUGCUGGUGCUGGAGCAGUUCCUGGCCGUGCUGCCAGGGGAGAUCCAAGCCCGGGUGCAGACCCAGCACCUCGGGAGCGGCGAGGAAGCUGUCGCUUUGGUGGAGGACAUACAGAACCAGUCACUGAAAGCCUGGCCACAGGAUGAGCCCUCGGAGGUGGGGCCGAAGGCAGCGGUCCAGGGACUCCAAGCCACAGGGCCUCCGCAGAAGGCAGGAGUGCAGCGGCUCCCUUCACCCUGGGAGCAGCGCGGCCGCGCCCGGCUUCCCACUCUUAAAGAGGGGCGCACAGGAGAGAUGCUGGAUGUCUGCUCCGCCCCUGCAGUUGAUCUGCCUGGGAGACCCGAGCUGGCUCAUCUCUCCUCAUUCCAAAAACCCUCAGCACUGGGAGACAUCCCUUUCUAUUUCUCCCGAGAAGAAUGGGGCUCCCUGGACCCUGCUCAGCGGGACCUCUUCUGGGACAUAAAGAGAGAGAACUCCCGGAAUGCUGCCCUCGGUUUGGGACCCAAAAGCCAGGUGGAGAGCGCUCCUGCAGCGGGGCCGGUGACAGCGCUGUUGGGACAUACCAGCUGUGAGAGGACCCUGUCCUGGAAACCUGAGGAGGCCGAGACGGAGGUCUGGGACAGUGAGAACCCGCGGAGGGCGGCGCUGGGCCGGCUGGUGGUGGCUCGGCGGGGACGGCCGCCCACUCGCAGGCGCCCGUGUCGGGACCUGGCGACGGAGAAGCCGCACAGCUGUGGGCAGUGCGGAAAGCGCUUCCGCUGGGGCUCGGACUUAGCCCGGCACCAGCGCACGCACACCGGCGAGAAGCCACACAAGUGCCCCGAAUGUGACAAGAGCUUCCGCAGCUCUUCCGACCUGGCGCGCCACCAGGGCGUGCACACGGGCGAGAAGCCCUUCUCCUGUUCCGAGUGCGGCAAGAGCUUCAGCCGCAGCGCCUACCUGGCCGACCACCAGCGCAUCCACACGGGCGAGAAGCCCUUUGGCUGCGGCGAGUGCGGCAAGAGCUUCUCGCUGCGUGCCUACCUGCUGGACCACCAGCGCGUGCACACGGGCGAGCGGCCCUUCGGCUGCGGAGAGUGUGACAAGAGCUUCAAGCAGCGUGCACACCUCAUCGCGCACCAGAGCCUGCACGCCAAGAUGGCUCAACCCGUGGGGUGAGCCCCCAGGGAAGCGGGUGCUUCCUGUAGCUCUCAUGGAACCCCUUCCUUCCCUCCGGGAAGUCUCGGCUCCCCGGGGGCCACUGCCAGCCUGUGGAAGGGACCCAAGGCCCCUCGACUCUGCACUGCCUGCGCCCAGCGUCCUGCCUGCCGCCUUGUCUCUCCCCUUCCUGCUCUGGACUUCUCUUCCAUUUGAUUUCUGGAGCGUCACAGUUUGCAGUUGAGGAUCAGGUGGUGUGAUGCCUCUGCAGGACCUAGAGUUCCUCCCCAGGACCCUCCAGCCGUGCUCUGCCAGCUGCUCUGUUUCCUACUGCCUCAUGUGGGUCCAUCAGUCCGGCCAAGCCCUCUGCCCUGUCUGCCUGUGCCUUCUAGUGAGAACUGGCCUCCAUCCUCAGGCCUGCUGGGUUUCGGCCUUGGGAAGGACCAUGGCCCGCACCAGUGGGGAUCUAGGUCCUGGUUCCAUCACAGCAGCGUCCUGGCCAUCACUGCCCCACCCCUCCAACCCAUGACCACUCUGACAUGCCCUGACCCCAGGGAGCUAGCUGCCUAGUUGUCCGGCUCUGACCCCCAGACACACACUUGCAGGCCUGGAGGGUGGUGGAGGUGGUGGCUGUGGCUGAGGGCUGCCUGGGCAGCACGCGCUCCUUCGGGGUAGGGCUCUGUACUUAAUACUAGCACUCCAGCGGCACUUUGUAGCUGCCCCCGAGCGUUUAUCCCCAUGUUCUCAAUCUGUGCUGUGUGCAGAGCCACAUGAACAGGGAUGACCGUGGACCCUCCAGAAGGGCUCAGCUCAGUGGCUUCAGAAGAGUUUGAAUAAACAUGGAGUGUUUCCUUUA